AUCCCACCAACAUUAACUCAAAUCAGCCCUCAACGCCCAAACCCGCUUUCCCAAAUCCACCACUCCAUUUUUUAGUUUUUUCAUUCAUUUCGACAAAUUCGAGCCACAAAUUCGAGCCGCAGGAUGAAGCAGAGGUAGAGCGGAAUAUAACGAAGCGAGUAGGUGGCGAUGCACGGUUACACUGCCGCUCUGGUGCCUAAUUGCCGACGGUUUACCUCGCUGUAGCCACCACCGCCACGGACUAAUGAGCUGCUCGAACUUCUUCUUUCCUGACAAGCCUUCUGUCAAGAAUGUCGUCUUCAAGAUACGGCUCGCUGGCCAAGCAUAGAUUGGAUUUAGCUAAAAUCCUGCUUUAAUACUGCUACCAAACAUCCCCUUAAUCAUCGUCACUUCUCCGCUUCCCGCUCAUACGUAUCUUCUAAUUCUCGAAUUGUUUUCGGAAACCUCAACAUACCCUAGUUGCAAGAGAAUGGUAAGCGUUUAUAUAAGGAGAAGGAAGAAAAUUGUGUUUUUCUAUACAAGGAGAAGACGGGGAUUUGGGGAGCAGGAACUUUCUCCCCUUCUCUCCAGCAACGAAGUUUAUUCUCUCAAGGAGGUGGUUCAAAAUAAAGGAGUCUUCUCCAGUGUUAACGAUCUGGUCGACAUUGGCCUUAGUGACGGGCUUCCGGCACCUUGCACAUCCGAGAAGAACCAAGGAAAUUCAGAAGUUGAAUUUGAGAAGGAUGAAACUGUCAUCAAAAGAAACCAAUUAGAUAAUAUUGACUUGAGCACUGAGGGGAGUCUUCAUGAAGAGGUAACUAAGGCUAACAUACCUGUUGAUAUUGGAUUGGAUAACAAUGAGCCUCUAUUGAGUGUGAUCCAGGAAUUUCCAUCAACACUGUGCUUUCAGAGGAGACCUAGAUCAGCUAGAAAAUAUGGGGGUUUGCCUAGAUUGAUUAACAAUGAACCUCUCUUGAGUGUUAUCAAGCAACUUCCGUUUGCAAAAAAAUGUCUUCAGAGGAGACAUCGAUCAUCUAGAAAAUCCACUUUAUUAGCUUCAAGGAGACAUAACAUAAUUGAAUGUAGUACUUCCGAUGAUUCAGAACAAAUUGCUUCACACUUAGGAGCAUCAUCAUCAUCCUGCUUUGAAAUUAGCCCAAAAACUCCUAUUAAGGAUGAUAGGAUAUCUAAGUUUACACCUGAUAGUCUCCUUUGUGAUGUUCAAGGCUUGCUUUCCACUGGAGUUCUUGCAGGAGCUCUUGUUAAAUACAAGAAAGAUAAUCUGGAGCUUCUAGGAGUCGUGAGCACUUCAGGAAUAUGCUGUGGCUGCUCAUUGUGCAAAUUUGAACAGGUAGUAUCUUCUUUCAAAUUUGAGAAACAUGCGGGCUCAAAAAGUUGCAACCAGAAUGCUCACAUAUUUUUAGAAAAUGGAAUGUCUCUUUAUGCACUUUCUAAAGUGUUGAAAAAUGUUUCUUUGGGAUCACUUGCUGAAGUGAUGGAGGAAAAGUUUGGGUACCUGGCAAACAAGGCAGUCAACAUGGCUUGGAAAGGUAACCCUAUGAUGCAUUAUAAUAAAGGUAAAAGCAGAGGUCAAAAGCAUUUUUCAGAUCUUCUACAUGAGCUUCAAACAAGUAAGAAUUUCCCAAAGGGCGCUCGGUCAACAAGAGCCGUGAGACCACCUCUAAGUCUCAUUUCAAAGGUCAAUCAAGUAUCUCGCCAGUUAGUCUUCUGUGAUGUUGAUCUGCAGCAAUGUCCUGCUCACAAGAAAAGGGGAGUAGACAUAAAAUCUUCCAAAGAGUUGUAUUUAAAGGAUUCAAGCAAGGUCGCUUCAGCUGACCCUUAUGAAUCUAAUAUUGGAGACAUUUCACAGAAACUAAAGACCCCCCACAGUCUAAUUUGCCAGAACAAUGCCAAUUCGUCAAUCAAGUAUACUCUAGAUAGGCCACCUUUAACUAUUAGUUGCUUGCUGACCAAUGGCCUUCUAGAAAGACUCUUGGAACACUACAAGAAAGAUAGGAUUAAGCUUCUUAGAUGCAUAAAAGGUAUUGGAAUCAGUUUUGGCUGCUCAUCGCAUCACUUGAAUGAGGUGCUGUCAUUGAAUUUUGAAAAGCAUGGAGGUGCUUCUAGUAUGAAGUCAAAAGAUUACAUUUUUCUCAAUGACAAGUUAGCUCUCUAUGCAUUAGUUGAAGAAUUUGGGAAAGUUCCUCUUGGAUUAUUGCCAGGUGAAUUGAUUCAGAAGAUGAUUGGUUGUCAGCCUAAUGAUAUAAGAUCUUUGGCUUGGAAAGAACCAUUUCAUAGAAAGGAGAUUAAUCUUCAAAGUAGUACUUGUGAUGAUGGCAAAAAUCAAUCCGCACAUAUGUUGCUUCAUAUCAGACCUCGUGCAGAAAGGUUAAUGUUGUCAGCUUCAGAGAAUAACUUACCUUUGCCUCCAGGAAAUAGUGUUGAGGUUAGUGUCUCAAGGAAAGCUAAGAAGACUAUGAAGCACAGGGAGCUGGAUUUUCAUCAGCAAAUAUUUGAAUUGCUUAAUGAUGGAACCAAACUGUCAUAUUAUUCACACGGAAAGGAAAUUCUGGAAGGUUACAAGUUUGGAAAAAAUAUACUUUGCAGCUGUUGUAAUUCUAUGCUGAGUGCUUCUAAGUUUGAAGCUCACGCUGGGCAUGAGAAAAGAAGAAAGCCAUACCACUCCAUAUACACUUCUUAUGGCAAGUCCCUGCACCAGAUUGCGAUGUUUUUGUUACUUGAUGAUCUCAACAAUAAAGAUAUGAGCAUGACGGAUAAAGCUGGGGGAAAAUCAUCCUUUACUUUAAGAUGCCAUAAUGCCCAUAAUGCAGGUGGUCAAAGUUCCAACACUUGUAGUCCAUUUGGCUUUCAAUUGGGGCGUAUAUUUCAGGCUCCUUGCAAUUUAGGCUGUUGCACGAUUUGCAGGGGCGGUGAUGCCACUCUAAAUUUUGGGAACAUUUGUGACAGCACAAUGCUAUUUUGUGGCCAGUGUUGUAGAAUGUUUCAUGUUGGUUGUCUAAGGCUUCAUGGAAUAUGCGAUAUCAAGGCAAGGCCUAGCCCACCAGACACUUGGUUAUGUGGCGAUAAAUGCAUUAAAAUUCGUGCUGACCUGCUGAAUUUUGUCCAAGAUGGACCCAUUUCAAUCCCUGAAUCACUUUUGACUUCAAUGCAUAGUUCUGUAGGAAGCGCUGUACAUACGCAUACUCAAAUUGAUGUUCAUUGGCAACUCCUGAGUGGCAGAUUUCACGGUGAUAAAAGUAAAUUAUUACUUCAACAGGCCAUGAAAAUUUUCCAAGAGGCAUUUGGUGCUGUCUAUAAAGGAUAUCGUGAUGUGUUAUCCACCAUGGUCAAUGGUGAGAAGGGUGUAGCUGAAUUCUUUGGAGGAAUGUUUUGUGCUGUCGUAGCUGUAAAAUCCAAAAUUGUGUCAGUUGCCCUGCUUCGGGUGUUUGGUAAUCACGUUGCAGAACUUCCUCUUGCUGCAACAACCAAUGAUAGGCGAGGACAGGGCUUCUUCAAAAUUCUGUUUUUGAAAAUUGAAGAGAUUCUUAGUUUCAUGAAGGUGGAGAAUUUGAUACUUCCAGCUGAUGAUCAUAGCCUUUCCAUGUGGGUGCAAAAAUUUGGCUUUAUUAAUUUGAGUACAGAAGAGAUUCGGGAGUAUCAAAUGAACCAUAGAAUAGUGAUGUUUGAGAAUACUACUAUGUUGCAGAAACCAUUCCUUCCUCAGGUGAAGAAUCCUUAACCUCAGGAGCCCUGGGAAGUGUUUUUUUUUUUUUUAGUUUAUAUAUGUAAUAAAACUAUAGGAUUUUUAUGCUAAAAGUUUUUUAUUAAGGACUAUGCUAAAAUUGAUGGUUUUUUUUUUAAA